UCUGUUACAUAACUCGAAUUUUAGAACCCAACGUUGUUUGGUCGAAAAGCAUUCCAUGUGUGAUAAUAGGGUUCCUAUUUAUUACAAAUUAAAGUGCUUUGAUUUUUGACUGUUUUUCACUGUGGGGAUUUUUUUUGGCUAUUAGAGAAGGGUUUUCAUCACUUUCUAAAGUAUGAAAGGAAAAUUUUUUCUUUUGCAUUGAUUGUUAUGUUUAAUCUUUUAUUAGGAUUAUCUCGAGAAUUGAUCGAACAAUCUGCUGAAUUGUCACUUCAACAGAGUGUAGACCGAAAUGAAACUGUGAAAGUGUUAAACACUUUUGGUAUUCAGUAUUUUUGGUUUGAUAAGGAGAGCCACCCAAUAGGUCAAGCAUACUUAGGAUCUUUUGAUUGGUUAGAAACUUAAGAUUGCAAACCCAAGUGGUUUAACUUGUGCCCGUUUUAAUCGGCCUUGUAUAUUUGAUGUUGGUUCCUAGGCUAAAGAGCUUCUUAAAUAACCAGCUGACUAUCAAACAGGCAAAACAAAUUCAUGCUCAAAUCCUUAUUAGCAGUCUUAACCACCUCCAGCCCCUAUUGGUUCAUCAGUUCCUUCUGUCAACUAACAACUACUCUUCAAGUGUUUUCCUAUACGUGCGACAAAUCCUUUACCAUUUGCAAAAGCCCGAUGCUUUUUCGUGGGGUUGUGCGGUACGGUUUUUAUCCCAGCAUGGGCAGUUUGCAGAAGCUUUUUCUCUUUAUGUUAAAAUGCAGAAGCUAGGAUUGUACCCUACCACACAUGCCAUAUCAUCUGCUUUAAGAGCAUGUGCUAGGACUGAAUGUAAAACGGGAGGAAUUUCAAUCCAUGCUCAGGUUCAUAGAUAUGGGGUUUGCAACUGUGUUUUUGUGCAAACAGCUCUUGUGGAUUUGUACACGAAACUGGGUGAUAUGGAUACUGCAAAAAAGGUUUUUGAUGAGAUGCCCGAGAAAAAUGUAGUCUCAUGGAAUUCGAUUUUAUCUGGGUAUUUGAAAGCUGGGAAUUUAGGAGAGGCUCAUAGGGUGUUCGAUGAUAUUCCAAAGAAAGAUGUUAUAUCUUGGAAUGCAAUUCUAUCGGCGUAUGCAAAAAUGGGAAAUAUGGAUCAGACACUUUCAUUUUUUCAGCAGAUGCCAGAAAAAAACUUGGCUUCUUGGAAUACGAUGAUUAGUGGUUUUGUGGAACGUGGAGAAAUAGAAUCAGCUCGGAGCUUUUUUGACAUGAUGCAUCGAAGAAAUAAUGUUUCUUGGAUUACAAUGAUUGCUGGGUAUUCUAAACAUGGGGAAGUCAAGUCUGCUCGUGAACUCUUUGAUAAAAUGGGUGAGAAAGAUCAUUUAGCCUUUAAUGCCAUGAUAUCUUGCUAUGCUCAAAACAGCCAACCAACAGAAGCCCUAAAGUUGUUUGAUGAGAUGCUAAAAGCUGGUGUUUGUAUCCAGCCAGAUGGGAUAACUUUGGCAAGUGUGAUAUCUGCUUGUUCACAACUAAGAGAAUUGAGAUUUGGUUCAUGGAUUGAGUCAUACAUAAGUAAGCUUGGAAUCCAAAUGGACGAUCAUAUGGCUACAGCUUUAAUCGAUUUGUAUGCAAAGUGUGGGAGUAUUGAUAAGGCAUAUCACCUCUUUCAUGGUCUGAGAAAGAAGGAUGUCGUUGCUUACAGUGCAAUGAUAUCGGGAUGUGCCAUCAAUGGUAAGGCUGUUGAUGCCAUCAUGUUGUUCCAAAAAAUGGUGGAUGCUCAAAUUCAACCAAAUUUGGCUACCUUCACCGGGCUAUUAACUGCGUAUAAUCAUGCUGGCCUGGUUGAAGAGGGCUACCGAUGCUUUAGUUCUAUGAAGGACAAUGGACUUGUGCCUUCAACUGAUCAUUAUGCAAUCAUGGUUGAUCUUUUGGGCAGGGCAGGGAGAUUGGAAGAUGCAUAUGAACUUAUAAAGAGCAUGCCGAUGAAGCCUCAUACUGGAGUUUGGGGAGGUUUGCUUCUUGCCUGUAGCUUACAUAACAAUGUUGAAUUUGGAGAGAUUGCAGCUCAGCAUUGCUUUGAGUUGGAGCCUGGUACAGCUGGUUAUUAUUCUCUCCUUGCCAAUAUUUAUGCCUCUGUUGGGAGGUGGCGCGAUGCCAGAAGAUUGAGAAAGAAUAUGGAAAGGAAGAAGCUGGCCAAGAUACCUGGUUGUAGUUGGACAGAAUCAACCUGAUUCUUCCACCACUGACAGGAACAGGCAAAUACUGCUAGCAUAGAGGCUAUCAAACUCAGAAUAUGGUUUGGGAGUGUGUGGUCUGUGUAGCAGUUCAGAUUUUAAGGUGCUGAUUCGUCAUGGUCAACGCAACCAAAGGACUGUUCAUUUCCUGUGACAUUCCCAUGGCACAAUUCAUCGUCAAUUUGAAUGCUUCAAUGCCGGCAUCACAGAAGUUUAUUAUACAUGUCCUGGAUAACACUCACUUCUUCGUGCAACCUCACGCCGCUGAGAUGAUACGGAGUGCCAUAUCUGAGUUCAGAGACCAGAAUUCCUACGAGAAACCAACUUAAUAUCCCUUCUUUUUCCUGUUAUACAUUUCUUCUUUAAUGGAGUUUAGAUACGAAACCAAACGAAAAAUCUAUGUCUCACUAUGAGUACUUGCUCACCUUCCAUAUUCAUUUUCAUAUCAAAUCCUGAUAUGGUAAUUCAGGGCUAUAUUUGGAUUUGGGUUUUCUUCGAGUA